AUGCCGAGAGGAGCACGAAGGACCGCUGACUCGGACGACGAGGCCGAUACUCCGCGGACGCAGACGCAAAGGAGGAGAGGGGAGGAAGAAGAAGGUGACUUCGAGGAAGGAGGGGCCGGAUCUUCCAGAGGGCUCAACCAGGAGGACUUGCAAAGACUAGUCAAGAACUUCGUCAGACUGGCGAUAGCUUGCGAGUACACGAGAUCACCAAUACGACGAGAUGAGAUUGGAAAGAAAGUCCUCGAAGGCAACUCCCGGGAGUUCAAGCGUGUCUUUGAUAAAACCCAAGAGCGUCUUCGGGCAACACUGGGGAUGGAGAUGAUCGAACUACCAGCAAAGGAGAAACACCUGACUGCAACACAAAAACGGAAACAAGGAGCAAGUGCGAGCGCUGCUACGACGUCGAAGUCAUGGAUGUUGGUGACGAUUCUGCCACAGGAGUACAAGGCAAUUAUCGUGCCAGACAACUAUGUGGAUGCGCAGUUUAUGGGACUGGUGAACCUGGUUGUUUCAUUAGUGAUGCUGAAUGGGAGAACACUGUCAGAAGAUGGACUGUACCGAUAUCUCACUCGACUCCAAAUCAACGAGGAAACAAUAUGCGGACAAACCUCAGACAUACUCGCAAAGAUGGUUCGAACUGGUUACCUUACAAAAGCGCGAGACCCCACCAGUGACGAGAACAAGCAGGACUACCACCUUGGUCCGCGUGCGAAAAAGGAGAUUGGCAUGGAUGGUGUCGUGGCACUGGUGAAGGAAGUCUACGAAGCCGGAGAGGGGCCGUUGCCGGAGAAUCUUAUUGAGAAACUACAUGGUGCCGCGGGUGAGGACAUCAAUGAGCAGAGGGCGGAGGCUGCGAGGGAAGAUUUGCAGAGGAGGCAAGCAGCGUCGCAGGCAAAUGGAAGGAGAAAUAAGAGAAGAAGGAAUGAUGAUGAAGGUGAAGAGGAUGAAGGUGACGACGAGUGAAUGUCACCUACAUCGUCUCGAGAAGCAACACAAUCUAGCAUACAUUCAUCGAACUAUAAACACCUAAUCAAUAUCUCGUCGGCAUGC